CCUGUCACAUUCUUCACUUCCAAGAAGUCCAAAAAUCGACCUGUUAAAAAUGUUGAAUCAAUAACUCCAGUGAAUCAUAAGUUAUAUUAUUUUUAAAUAAUAAAAAGAAAGUAUGCGGCACAAAAAAAGUACUGUUUUAGCUAUACUACUACUUCAGUGUUUAAUUACAGUCUGUGAUGGUAAAUAUGAAGAAGCCCGACAAACAUCGUACAACAAUUCAGUAACAACCGGUAACACGGGUUUAUUGUUAGAAGAACCAUAUUUUAAAGGACAGCUGACUACGAAAGAACAUAAAACCCAUGCAGCUACCGAAAAAGUGAACGAUCUUUGGUGUUUUCAAUGCGACACUAUGGAAGAUGGUGAGAAAUGUGAAGAGUUAUCGAAAAAUAAUACAUCACUAGUACAAAAGUGCACGGAUGAUAAAAGAAUAUGUAUGGUAAAACGAUUUUCGUAUACAACGAGUAACGAAAAUCAAACCUCCAAGCCAAUUAUGUGGGCCUUACAGAGAAAUUGCACAAAUAAAUGUGAGCCAGGCUGUAUUGUAAUUGGUGAACGCACAAAACUUUAUGCUUGUAUAGCAUGUUGCGAAACCUCUCAUUGCAACAUUGGUAAAGGAACGGCACCUGAUUUAAAAAUGAAUGAGGCGGGCUUCUUCUUGGCUUUUAUAUUGCAACUGCUGCUCACAGUCAUCAUGUACCCAUCGUGACAUUGCUAAUAAAUUAUGAAAAUGCUUAUACCUUUUCCACUUUUUCCUCGUCUUCCAAUACGUGUUAUCUACUUCAAAGUACGAAGAAAUCUACGUCAGCAGUGUUUAAAAUUCAAAAUUCUGUCUUUAAGUCUGUA